AUGGAUACCUCGGAUAUUUACUAUGACGGUGAGCGCUUCCAACUUCAGUCACCGGAAGAGUAUGACUAUAACCCGCCCUCCUGCCGCUACAGCGGUGACACCGAGCAGGUACGGAUCCCCAUGCCCCCUUGUGCCUCUGUCGAGCACCGGAGCAAAGGAACUUUACUGCCCUACGAUCUACCUCCCUGUCAGUACUCGAGGCCUGUUCAGACCCAGGAACAGGAGUACCUGACAGGUCAGGGUCGUGUACCGAACGACUACCAUCCAGGAGACAGCCUAGUGGUGGAGGUAGAGUCCCCGGCACAAGUGCCAUUCCCCUGGAUGAGGAGCUCCAGAGUUCACUCAUACCAAUCACUCCCAGGUGGUUAUUCCCAGAACGGGGACGAAUACAAGCGGAGCCGCACCGCGUACAGCCGGGCUCAGUUAUUGGAGCUGGAGAAGGAGUUCCUCUUUAACAAGUAUAUCUCCAGGCCCCGCAGAUAUGAACUAGCCACCACACUUAAACUGACAGAGAGACACAUCAAAAUCUGGUUCCAGAACCGGCGGAUGAAGUGGAAAAAAGAAGAAACGAAGAAACGAAGCCCCUCUGACCACCAUGAACCGGAGUCUUCCAAUAAGGAUUGAUAAAACGUUAGGAUAGCAGCAUAUGACCCUGGGGUUGACAUCAAUAUUAUCUGUUGCACUUGUC